CCCCGGGCCCGCCCCGCCCCGCCCCGCCCCGCCCGGCGCAUGGCGGCCAUGGCGGCCCCCGCGCGGCCGCUGCAGCUGACGCUGGCGCUGCUCAAGCCGGACGCGGUGGCCCAUCCGCUCGUGCGCGAGGCCGUGCAUGCCGCCAUCCUCCGUCACCGGUUCCUCAUCGUGCGCGCCAAGGAGCUGCGGUGCGGCGCGGAGCAGAGCCGCCGCUUCUACCGGGAGCACGCAGGGCGUUUCUUCUACCGGCGGCUGGUGGAGUUCAUGGCCAGUGGUCCCAUGUGGGCUUACAUCCUGGCCCAUGAGAAUGCUGUCCCUCUCUGGAGAUCCGUGAUGGGGCCCACUAAAGUGUUCCGAGCCCGACACAGCCACCCAGACUCCAUCCGAGGUGCCUAUGGCCUUACGGACACCAGGAACACCACCCAUGGCUCAGACUCACCUGCCUCAGCCAGCAGAGAAAUUGCCUUUUUCUUCCCCGAGUUCGACGAGCGGCGCUGGUACGAGCAGGACGAGCCCCAGCUGCGGCGCGGGCAGCUGUUCUACAGCGCCGAGGAGGGCGUGCACCGUGUGCUGCGGGCACAGCAGGCACAGUCCCAGAUGCUUGGGCUGGGGAAGGUGUGCUGUGCUGUGCUUGGAGCAGGAGAGCUGAGCCGAGAUUCGCCAGAGCCCCGGUACAUGACAGAGCCAAAGCAGGGCCUCCAGGUGCUUCCAGAACUCCGUCAGGUGUUGGGUAGUGACUGACUGACUCUCUGGUGGACAGCACUGCCCAGGGCUGCCGUGGCUAAACUCACCUUGGUUUGUGUUCCCUCCUCCUCCUGCCUGGAUCAAAUGGUCGUUGUUCUGUUCCAGGUACAGACCCCGGGAUCUGCAGGGUGUCACUGCUGUCCCUGUCCUCAGCAGUGUCCAGAGUGGAUCUGCUCAGGAUCCUGUGUGUCUUCACACAAGUCUGAGAACUGCUGUCCCCAGUGCUGUUGAUACUUUAUUGAUAUUUUGUCAGAUGUUUUAUUGAUUCCUUGAAGUUUUGCUCAGAUCUGUGUGUUUUUCUUUUAGCUAUUAAACUUUACUAUUUUUCACCUUU